AUGUCUGAAGGCCAUUUCAAGAAGCACUUCUCGGGGAAGGUGCUAUCUCCAGCCAAAUGGGUGAAGCUAACAGCUGCAAAUGGGCUGGACAUCCCUGUCCUCGGGUGCCUCUGCACUGAUGUUGAAUGUUUCGGAAAGAGGCUGACUGAAAAAUGCGUGUUCGUGCUGCGGGACGAUGCAACCAGUGGAAAGGGGCCUGGCGAAGUGCCAGGAAUACUGGGGAUGAAUCGACACAAGCAGUCGGCGGGGAGCCUACGCCGUGUCUUUGUAAAAAUGGCAAAGGAAGAGCAAUAUGUGGGCCCUAGGGGUCAGAUGGGGUAUGUCAAAGUGUUCGGCCGCCAAGCAGUUAUGGUGCCUCCACGCAGCGAGAUGGUCAUUGAGGGUCGCUGCAGGAUCCCUCCAAAAAUGCACUGUCAGGUACUAGUUGAGGGUUCGCCAACCGGUACCAUGCCUCAUGGACUGUUAGUUGCCAACGUGCUGACUCAUGCAGUAGACGGAAAAGUGUCAGUUAGGCUGCUCAACACACGAGACAAACCUGUGAGGCUUCCCCCCCGGUCAAGAGUAGCAGCGUUGAGUAAGCCACAGAAGGUACUCCCCAAGGACAUUCUGACGUUUGAAGAAACCAACGGAGAAGUUUAUGUCCAAGCCUUAGAGGGUGCGGUUGCUUGCGGGAGAGGACGCCCUGGACCCCUGGCUGUUCCCGUCCAGGCUAACGUACAAGGGCUCUCCCCCUCUGAAAUUCGCGAACUGAACCAGCUUCUCCAGAAACAUCGUGACGUGUUCUCCCAAGGGGAUGGAGAUUAUGGGUACACUACCACAGUAGAACACAGAGUCCCAACGGGUGACGCCCAUCCCAUUAAACAACGACACCGCAGAAUUCCACCUCAUGUGUUCCAAGAGGUUAAGCGCCAUGUGCAAGACCUUGUAGCUCAAGGCAUCUUGAAAGAGAGUUGCAGCCCAUGGGCUUCACCAGCAGUCAUCGUUAUGAAAAAGGACGGGACGGUCCGGUUCUGCUGUGACUAUAGGAAGUUAAAUAGUGUGACCCAUAGAGAUGCAUAUCCACUCCCUAGGGUGGAAGAAUCUCUGGAUGCUUUGGGCCAGGCACGCUUAUUUUCUUCGCUAGAUCUUACCGCAGGGUAUUUCCAGGUAGCUGUUGAGGAGAAAGACCAGGAGAAGACGGCAGUGACGACGCCGUUCGGACUGUUCCAGUGGACACGUAUGCCAUUUGGGCUGUGCAAUGCCCCAGCAAGCUUCCAACGCCUCAUGGAAUCAGUCCUGGGUGAUUUAGCAUUCGAUGUUCUGCUCGUCUACUUGGACGAUGUGUUGGUAUUUUCCAAGGACUUCUCCAGCCACCUGGAGAGGUUGGAUUUAGUGUUUAGUCGUCUUCGGGACCAUGGCCUCAAGUUGAAUCCGAAGAAGUGUUUCCUCCUUAGGCAAGAGGUUAAGUUCCUUGGGCACGUUGUGUCCGCAGCAGGGGUCCAAGUGGACAUGGAGAAGGUCAGCGUCCUGGAGAAUUGGCCCACUCCCAGGUCUGCUAGAGAUGUGAGACAGGUGGUAGGGUUCAUGUCCUAUUACCGCCGCUUCGUCCCUCAGUUUGCACAGGUGGCUAGGCCCUUACACGUCCUGAUGGGCACCUUUAAAAAAGGGGACAGGGGAGCGCAGCACCAGUCUUUUUCAUGGAGUGAAGUAUGUCAAAUAGCUUUUGAUAAGCUUAGAGCUUGCUUGAUGGCUCCCCCCGUGCUUGCUUACCCCGACUACCGGAUUCCGUUUAUAGUAACAACCGAUGGAAGUCGCCAGGGACUUGGAGCCGUGCUAAGCCAACGUCAGGAUGGCGUUGAGCGUGUGAUCGCAUACGCAAGUCGGGGCCUAAGGGGCUCAGAGCGGAAUGAUAAAAAUUACAGCGCAUUUAAAUUAGAGCUCCUCGCGCUGAAAUGGGCCGUCACAGAGAAAUUCCGUGACUUGCUAAUGUAUGCAAAAUUCACAGUGGUCACAGACCAUAACCCGCUCCGGCAUUUGGAGACCGCUAACCUCGGGGCCGUUGAACAAAGGUGGGUGGCCCAGUUAGCGGAAUUCAACUUCGAGGUCCACUAUAAGCCAGGGAAGUCUAACCAGAAUGCUGAUGUGCUAUCCCGCCUACCUGUGACUAUCGAACCAGAGACCGAAGACACUGGUAAAGACUUCCUGGUGAUCAGGGAAGAUGAAGUGAGAGCCAGCUUGUGGCCUGCACGUAAAGACCAGUCUAAGGAAGCAGGACAGGUCCAGGUUGUGCAGGCCACCCCAGGAACCAGAGUUUGUGGUUAUAGUUGGGACGAGGUUCGAGAACUCCAAAUGAAGGACCAGGAUCUGGGACCCAUAGUGGAGGCUGUGAAGAUGGGUAUGAGGCCUAACAAGAAACAGUCGCGAGACAUGAGCCUGUCACAGCGGAAAGUGUGUGGACAGUGGGAACGUUUGAGAAUCCAACAGGGGGUUCUGGUCAGAGACUUGCAAGACCCACGUGACGGGGUGAACAUCUGUCAGCUGAUGGUGCCCAAGCCGCUACAGCACCCCAUUUAUGAAUCUCACCACGACCAUGGUGGUCACUUUAGUGUGAAGGGCACUUUGGCCAAGUUGAAGAGGGGGUACUAUUGGGCUUCAAUGUCCAAGGAUGUCCAGGUAUGGGUGCAGAAGUGCAAAAGGUGCAUUCUAGCCAAAGAUGUAUUCCCGAAGAAGCAGGCCUCAAUGGUUUGCAGCAAUGUUACGGUCCCGCUAGAGGUCCUGGCCAUGGACUAUACCUUGCUAGAGCCAUCUACUGGUGGAUAUGAAAACGUCCUGGUCCUCACGGAUAUGUUCACGCGAUUUACUGUGGCCGUGCCCACCAAAGACCAGUCGGCUCGGACCACAGCCGCCGCUUUAGUCAAACACUGGUUUGCCUGCUAUGGGUGUCCCGCCCGACUACACAGCGACCAAGGUCGCAAUUUUGAGGCCGGCGUGAUAAAAGAGUUAUGUCAUGUAUAUGGCAUUGCCAAAAGCAGAACAACGCCCUACCACCCGCAGGGAAACGGCCAGUGCGAAAGAUUCAAUCGCACUAUGCACGACAUGCUGCGGUCUCUCCCAGCUAACAAGAAGAGGAACUGGAAAGAGCACUUGCCGGAAUUGGUGAUGGCAUACAAUAGCCACAUUCAUUCAUCUACAGGUUACUCUCCGUUCUAUUUGCUUUUUGGAAGAGAUGCACGACUGCCCAGAGAUAUCCUUGGGGGAAUGGAUUUCGACGACAGUGGGGCAGAGAAUCUGGAUGACUGGGUGCUAAAUCAUCAUCAGAGACUUCGCGUGGCGGCGGAUGCAGCAAGGGCAGCGACGCAAGAUGCCUCCAAGCGACGCAAAAGGCUGUAUGAUCGGCGGGCACGUGGCGCACUUAUCCGUCCUGGAGACAGAAUUCUGCUGAGGAACCAUAAACCACGUGGCAGGAAGAAAAUCCAGGAUAAGUGGGAACCAGACCCCUAUCUUGUCAUCGCACAGAACCAUCCAGACAUGCCUGUGUAUACUGUCAAGCCUGAGGCUGGUGGCCCUACCAAGGUGGUACAUAGGGAUCAAAUGAAACCCUGCGUCUUUGAGGCCCUUAUGCCGGCCAACCCCACACGAGAGCGUAGACCCACAUACCACGAUUCAGACUCGGAUGCCUAUGACAUAGUGUGUAUUCCCCGUAGCUAUCCCCAUGCACGACACGCUUGCAAUACAUAUCCCCACCAUAGCUCUCAAGACGACACCGCUGACACUGAUGGGGAGGAAGUUGGGAGUAUGCAGAGCGAACAUGGUGGGAUUCCAAGCACUGGGGAGGGAGGCACGCAUGGGGGCGCACAGUCAGAUGAGGCAGACAGAUCUGGGGAUGACAGUGAGGCUAGUCAGAGGCCUGUCAGGCCCCACAGAAGCACCAGAGGUCAGCUCCCUAGCAGGUUUAAAGAUUUUGUACCCAAAUGA